AUGCCGGCUGCGUCAAUAGGUAAACCGGGUAGCUUGAAGGAUCCCGCUGUUGCUUCAUUAUUCUGUAUAAAAGAUCCCGAACAACGUUUCGAGGAUCUUCGUGAAAUUGGUCAUGGCUCAUUCGGAGCUGUUUUCUUCGCCCAGGAUUUGGAAACGAAUACAACGGUUGCAAUUAAGAAAAUGGCUUUUUCUGGCAAACAAUCGGCUGAAAAGUGGUCUGAUAUCAUCAAAGAAGUGUCCUUCCUGAAAAAUAUAAAACAUGAAAAUAUCGUUGAAUAUAGAGCAUGCUACCUAAAGGAACAUACUUGUUGGCUUGUGAUGGAAUAUUGCAUUGGUUCCGCAGCAGAUAUAGUUGAAGUACAUCGUAGUCCAAUACGGGAAUGUGAAAUUGCUGCUGUUAUUGAACAGACUCUUUUUGGGCUCUCUUAUCUGCAUAAAUUAGGACGUAUACAUCGAGAUGUCAAGGCCGGGAAUAUUCUUUUAACUGAUAAUGGUGUCGUUAAACUUGCUGACUUCGGGAGUGCUUCCACUUUAUGUCCUGCUCAGAGUUUUGUCGGUACGCCGUACUGGAUGGCUCCUGAAGUUAUUCUGGCGAUGGAUGAAGGUCAUUAUGACCAGAGCGCAGAUAUUUGGUCUCUUGGAAUCACUUGUAUCGAAUUAGCAGAAAGACGUCCACCUCUUUUCAACAUGAAUGCUAUGUCCGCACUGUAUCAUAUUGCUCAGAAUGAUCCCCCAAAGCUUUCACAUAGCGAGAAUUCUUCUUCAUCGUGGUCUGCGGACUUCCACUCAUUCGUUGAUCUUUGCUUACGUAAAGAUCCACGAGAGCGAAUGAAGACGAGUCCUUGUCAACAGCAUCCAUUUAUUGUGAAUGGACGUUUGGAUGGUGUAAUUUUGGAAUUGAUUACAAGAACAAAGGCACUAGUCAGUGACCUGGACAAUUUCCAGUAUAGGAAAAUGAGAAAAUUAGUUUAUCUUGACGAGCAACAAAGUAUUGUGACCGACGAUGUGAUGACAACGGACCGGCAUGAUGUGGACGAAGAAUUAUCAGGAAUAGGGGGCUCAGCAAGCUCUCGGUCGAAUUCGAUUUCUUCAUUCCAGUCGUAUCAUUCAAAUGCUCCUAUUUCCGACAGUCAUCAUGGAGAUAGUGGCAAGGCCAUUACUUCACGACCUCUUAUUCCUCUUCGUGUUCUUUCUUCAAUUAGCUCUGAUAUCAGCAGUAUCAAUGAAGAUUUCGAUAACAUUGACAAGAAUCGGACGAUAAUUCAUGUUGGUGAUGGAGGAAGCCACUGUAUGCAUUCAAUGCAUGAAUCAUCUCUUGUUGAAGAAACUUCCUCAGGAAUACCAACAUCUACCUUAGCGUCAGAUGAAAUUAGGCCGAUAAAUGAGGAAAUGGCAACUCUUCGACGAUCGAAGUUUUCAACAUUGCGAACAACGAAACUGAUUUCAAAGGAGCUAGAAGAAUAUAACAGGGAGAAUAAUAUAUACGAACAAAUGAGUGGUUACAAACGUUUGCGUCAACAACAUCAGAAGGAAUUGAAGCAGCUCGAAGAGAAAUGUGCAAUGGAAAUGGAGUCGUUUAAACAAAAAGCUGAUAAAGAAUAUGAAAAUCUUUUAAAUACUUUUAGCAAAGAACUUCAGCGCCUACGUAGCAAUCAAAAUGCUGAAAAAGAUAAAAAACUUCGUGAAUAUGAUGAAACGGAACGUAGAUUACGGCGUCAGUUAAAUUCACAACACGAAAACGAGCUAAAAGCAUUCUCUAACGCUCAGAAGAAGGAAUAUAAGCACAAUAAGGAAAGGGCAAAAAUGGAAUUAAAAGAACGCUAUGGCAUGCGUUCUGCAUAUGAAAGUGCAUUGAAGGAGACGAAAGCUGUUUUGAAUGCACGGCGUACUGAUGCGGAAGCGAUAUUUUCUCGUGAACAGAAAAUAACGAUGGAAAAUGAAAUUCGAAGACUGAAGGGAAUUCGUAUGGUUGAGAUGCAUACUUUGAUCGAAAAACUGGCCGUAGAUGAGUUAAAAUUCAAAGGAAAACAACUGGAAACAAGCCAUGCUUUGUUAAGAAAACAUCAUGAACAAACAAAACAACUUGAAUUAUCACUUUUAAUCGAAAGCCAGCGCAUGAAGCGGCGGCAUCUGGAGAAGCAGCAUGAAGCUGAAACUUCAAAUCAGUUGCAGUAUAAUCAGAGAGUUACAGAUGAAACUAUGAAACGACAUGCUUUGCAAUCAAAACAACAGCCUAAAGAAUUGAAGGCAAAAGAGUUACAAAUAAGAAAGCAAUAUCGACAGGCAGUGAAAACGCAGUUGAGGCAAAGCAAGUUAUUACAAGCUCAAGUUUUGAGCUGCACACCAAAGGAAGAACAUAGGGAAAUGAUAGUAAAGUUGAAGGAAGAGCAAAAGAGAAAAUUAGCAACAUUAGCUGGGCAGUAUGAAAGCACCAUCGAAAGUUUGCUACGGGAUUUGACCGUAAAAUUGGAGUCUUGGCAGGAAGAUGAAUUGAAAGCUUUGAAAGAGAAACUUGAAAAGGAAAUGGAUAUGCUCAAAGACUUCCAAAGUCGACAGAAAAGUUGUCUUGAAGAGAAUUGUAAAAGGGAAGAACAGAAACUGGCGGAACGCACUUCAAUAAGAAAAGCGGUCAUCGAGAAAAAAAUGGAAGAAGAGAGGGCAUCUUUGGAAACUGAGCGCCAGAAAAUUCUAAAAACGAUAGAGGAGAAGCAUCGCAUUGAAAAAUCAACAUUUUUUGAUGAUGAACAAAGGGCGCUAAAUGAACAUACGCAGCAGAUAUCCUUAUCGACUUCUCAAUUUAGUUCGCAGGACACCUUAUGCUCAAUUUCUUCAAAUCUUCAUUCGUUAGCUACAAAUUCUUAG